AUGUCGACGAACGGAGCCCGUGAAGUUGAAAAAACCCUAGAUCGUAUCAGUAAGUUGCCGGACGCAGUUCUCAUACAAAUUCUCUCGCUUCUGCCGACGAAAGAUGCCGUCGCAUCAUGUGUUCUCUCAAAAAGGUGGCGUUAUCUCUGUAAUUCAAUUGAUAAUUUCCAUUUCGAUGGUUGUAGCUACUACAACAAUGUAGAAAAUUUCGUAUUUCUAGUGGAUCAUGUUUUAUCUCAUUGCACUUGUUCCAAAAUCAAAAAAUUCCAACUCAUUUUACCUUAUAACUCUGAGUGGAACUUUGAUUUGAGUAUCAGCCGAUGGAUGAAUUUUGCUGUGGAAAGAAAAGUGGAAGAUGUUGUAUUGUGUUUAUGUGAUGACAAUUUCACUUUCGAAUUGCCUAUAUCUAUCUGUACUUGUUCCUCAUUGAUUACAUUGGAUUGGAGCUGUUGUGCGAUUGAUAAAGAAUCGGUUAUACAGUGGAAGUCGUUGAAGAGCCUAAAGUUGAACUAUGUUUUUAUAGAUAAUGAUGAUCUCGCGAAGAUUUUGUCAGGUUGUCCUGCUUUGGAAACUCUGGAGUUGUCUUUAUUUGAAGGUUUUCGCCGUCUAGAAAUCACUUCUUCGAAUUUAAAGAGACUAUCAUUAGGAAGCUACUGGUGGUUUUAUGGCAGAGCUGAUGAACAUUUGGAAAUUAUUGCCCCGUAUCUUCAGCAUUUGGAAAUUUCAGGAGACCUUGAUUAUCUCAAGUGUAAGCUAGUAAAUGUCUCCUCUUUGGUUACUGCUACACUUACUUUUAACAUUACAUGUAUAACUGAGAUCGAGGGGUUUGCUGACGAAGAUGGUUGUAGUGAUUAUCAUCAAGGUUUUAGAAAUCUCGUUCUGGACUAUCUUCAAAAACUAAGUUAUGCAACUGAGCUAACAAUUGGACGCUGGUUUGCAGAGGUCGUGUUCAUGUUGCGACUCGAAGGUGUGUCGCUACCAAAAUUGAGAUGCAAGUGUCUAACUUUAGAGAUGUACGUGACAAAGAAUAAUUUGUAUGGAGCAGCUAGCCUUUUGCAGAACUCGCCUCUUUUGGAGACACUCAACAUACCCUUGAGAGCUAGAGCUUUUAAUGAUUUCCGCUGCCAACUUGAGCUACGUUAUUUGGACAAAGGACAUGAUAUUGAUUUGCAAAGUUGGAUUUCAAGCUUUGGGUUCCCCAACCUGAAGAAUGUUAAGAUUAUCAGCUCCUCCGGAGUGUGCUUUAAGGAUCAUUUCAAACAGGGCUUUGACAAGCUUUUGAAACUUUCAGAAUGUCUGUUAAAGAAUGCAACGGUGUUGGAGAAGUUCGUGAUAUCAAAGAGCAUAAAGUGUGAGAUAUGUUCAAUCAACUGUGUGUCCACAAGUUUAUCUCAAAUGGCUGAGAAAUUGUUAGGUUGCCCAAGAUCCUCCACAAAUUGUAUGAUUAUCUACUAGGAGUGAGCUUUUCAUGACUAGACUGCAAGUAGUUUUCUAUCUUAGGAUACAAGAGAUGUUACCUUGUAUUGAGUUUUUG